UUUCUCCACAUCAAAACUUACUUCGAUCUUUACAUAAAUGUUAUUUCCCAAUAUGAUGAAGGCUCUGCUAACCGUUUUCGUGGUCGGAAUUCUCGCCGGAUCGAUGUCGGUAAUAGCUCAGACAUUGUCCGAUAUUGUGACUGAAGAGUUCUUUGAAGGCAUAAAGGCUCAAUCAGAUCCAAGUUGUGAAGGGAGAAACUUCUAUACAAGGGAUGCGUUUCUUCAAGCUGCCGAAGACUAUCCACAAUUCGGUACAGCCGACGAUCUUAGGCGUGAGGUUGCGGCUUUCUUCGCUCAUGUCACCCAUGAAACCGGACAUCUUUGUUUCAUAAAUGAGAUAGAUGGUCCAAGCUUCCCCAACAGUCAAUACUGUGAUCCGACCAACUUUCCGUGCAACCCCGACAAAAACUACUUCGGUCGUGGCCCGAUCCAACUAACUUGGAACUUCAACUACAUACCGGCCGGGGAGAGCAUCGGGUUCGACGGACUAAACUCGCCUGAAACUGUGGCCAAUGACCCUGUCAUCUCCUUCAAGACGGCCUUGUGGUUUUGGGUGAACAAUGUUCAACCGGUCAUAGGUCAAGGGUUCGGGGCGACGAUUCGAGCCAUUAACGGGGCUAUCGAGUGUGACGGCAGGAACCCAGCUGCAGUAGAGUCUCGGGUUGGGUACUAUAUAGAUUAUUGUAACCAGCUCGGUGUUGAUCCUGGACCUAAUCUUAGGUGUUAGAAUUUUACGUUCGGUUCCUACUACUUAAUCCUCAUAAAUAAAUUGACGAUGUAUGUCAUGAAAUCAACACUAUAAUGAAAUUAAUAUAUUACAUAUAUA